AUUGUUGUAGUGAAAUAAAUUACGUGCAUAUUUAUAAAACAUAAAGAUAUGCUUUUACAUUUUAAAUGCCAAGUCUGUAACGAUAUGAGUACAUAUACAACAUUUUGGCCACAUAACCAUUUAGGUAUAGCACGAACUUCCACAACCACAGACCGGAAGUUCUGGGCCUAGAGGCUUACGCGGAAAUACUGCUGUGGGACAGCGUGUACGUCUGUUCUACUUUCAUUACAGCCGUUAUCAGUGCUUGCCUUUAUAUAGGGAGAUCUUUCAGGUAUAUUCAUGGUUACGUGAUAUAACAUGUAUCCAACUCCUCUUUUUCCUCACGUUGGCCGUGAUAUUUUUGCUGAAGUGUACGAACCUGCAGAAGAUACAUUUCUACUGAUGGAUGCCUUGGAACAAGAUGCUGAGGAGCUGACACGAUGCAAUGCUACUGUGUGCCUUGAAGUUGGAUGUGGAUCCGGUGUUGUGUCAGCAUUCCUUGCUUCAGUACUUGGACCACAUGUCCUGUACUUUUGUACAGAUAUCAAUCCUUUGGCUGCAUCUUGUACUCUAGAAACCGCACUGUGUAAUGGAGUAAAUUUACAUCCAGUUAUCAUGGACUUGGCUGGAGGUUUGAUGCCAAGGCUGAAUGGAAAGGUUGAUGUACUCGUAUUCAACCCACCUUAUGUGGUCACCCCCUCUGAAGAGGUGAGAAGUCAGGGCAUUCAGGCAUCCUGGGCUGGAGGCAAAAAUGGCAGAGAAGUCAUGGAUAGAUUUUUCCCAAGUGUUGCAAGCCUUCUUUCAAGUCAGGGUCUGUUUUAUUUAGUCACGGUUCAAGAGAAUAAUCCAAGCGAUGUUUUACUGGCCAUUGAAGAAUAUGGAUUGAAAGGAAAAGUGGCCAUUUCCAGACCUGCAGGAAGAGAAAUUUUAUCCAUUCUCAAGUUUAGAAAACCAUGAUUAAGUUGCCUUUUGCCGGCACUUGUUUGAAAAUAAAGUGGUGGCAUUCAGUACAGAGAAUGGUGUGAGCAGAGAUGGACUUCAGGCAGCUUUGUGACCAGCCUAGCAGUUUCAGCUGCUCUUUUGUUAGCAGCAGUUUUUCACAGAGGUCUUGGAUGUAAUAGUGGAUGAAGAAAGACAAAGGCCAGAUCUUUUUCUGCCUCAAAAAAGUUAUAAUAAAUGACAGUUAAACACAUUGCUAUGUCAGUGUGGCUAAGAAAUUUUUCUGAUCCAUGGAACUGGAUCUGCUUUGUGUUUGAAGGUGGAAUGUACAGAGUUGGUGAAGGCUUUACAUUUCAAAGCUGUACUUGUUCUGAAUUUAAGUCUUUUUCCAACUGUACAUGCUGGCCAUCAGCCUUUUCAUAUCCGUCCCAAACCCAUUCUUUCCUCCACCACUGAGGAUGUACCUAGCAAAAAAGCGAGAUGGGCUUGUGGAACCCAUCAGUCAGGCAGUGAAGUCAGGCAGUGAAGAAGGUGGGCCCUCCUGUAUAGGCACCUGCGUGAUUGAGUUCUUGCUGUGACCCCCUCAGUGGUGCUUACUGCUACCCUGUCUGGUCCAGAUGCUCAGCACCCAAGCUACUGUUUGUACUCGGGUCUUGUUGGUCAUAAUCACAGGGCUUUAUCCAUCUGCACCACAGAGAUAGUUCUUGUCAGUGCUGCUGUUUUGAUUUUAACAUGCCCAUGAUCCUCUUCUUUUUGACGUAAUUUGCUUGAAAAGUAUUGAAUAAUUAGAUACUGCAGCACACAUACAAUUCUCCACUUGUUUAAAUGUUUGCAAAGGUCUUCCACUGCAAUGGAAAAUCUACAGAUUCCUCUGCCCAGACUGCUGACUGAUCAUACAAGAAACUGUUAUGAGCGCAUUUGAAUUGGUGCCUAAUUUUUAUCAUUAUUUUUAUUAUACUAAAGAUGAAAUGUGCCAUUUGUUGUUGUAGUCUGAUGUAAACCUUGUCUCUUAGGAAAGUGUUGCAGGAGUUCAGAGGUAGUUUUACACUCUAAAUAACUUUCAAAACUUUCUGCUGAGUAUGGAAGUAAAAUGUAGCAAAGAGAGACCAAGCUGCGAUGAAUAUUGGGAACCAUUUUUGUUUUUGAGAAUAACACCAUUAGAAAUAUGACUGCUACAUGGGAGGCAGUGCCCCUUACCAAUAAGUCCCUUCAGGGAUAGUAGAAAUAACAAGUUUGAUCCCCACGCUUGGGUAGCUGCAGUAUUGCUGGUGAUGACAACAAGUGUGAACUCCACCCUUGGGUAGCUGCAGUAUUGCUGGUGAUGACCCUUUUGAAAUUAAUCAACCUAAAAACAUUGAAUCACUGUCUUUGUAUCUUUAGUAUUUCCAGUAUUGGUGCUCUCAUCACAAAAACGACAUGGUACCCAGUAUCCACUGAACCUCAGUCAUUUCUUGUGACAUUUUCACUUCUGUACUCAGCAAAAAGUUUUGUAACUUCUUUAAAGUGGCACAGAGUGAUAUGGACUGCCAUCAUAGCAACACUAGCAUGCUGUAAGAUUUUCCUUAUUGUAAGCACCUUUGAGUAUGUCUGAUUUAUUUUUCUCCUAAAUUGACAGCCAUCUCCUGCACCAGAGAUGAAACUUUAUUUUACAUUUGUUUAACAGAGUAGUAUACUGAUCACAACUGACCAUUUGCAGGUACUCCCUGGGUAAAAUAAUUUGCAAAGAAGAAAAGAAAAGUGGAACAAGGAGGCAGAUCAAAAUCGGAACAGAAAAAUUGAACUGCAUUUUGCAGAACAGCUAUAAGAUUCUUCCCAGUCGUAGCUUUUUCUUCUCCUUGUUUGGGUGAUUUUGUCUUAGCUUCUUCAAAUUUCUUACUUGCUGACAUCCAGGCAGUUUAAUUACUAGACAGCUAUUGCAUUUUACCCAACUUAAUAAAUGUUGGUGUUUUUUUAACUUUUUUUUUUUUUUUUAGUUUUCACACCAGGAGAGCUCUAAUCCUUGGAAGCACUGCUGUAACACUUUGCUGAGGUAUGUAGAAUGCCGAGGCGAUUGCUGUUAAUGUUACCUUUCACCUUUAAGUGUUACAUAUGUUGCACUGUGGGCUGCACAGUGUUGUAGUGGUUAACAUCAUUGCCUCACAGCAAGAGGUUCUCCAGUUCAAUUCUCAGCUGGGGUGCCUUCUGUGCGGAGUCUGCAUGUCCUCUCUGCUUUUGCUUGGGUUUCCUCCAGGUGCUCCUGUUUCCUCCCACAUUCCAAAGACAUGCAGUAGGUUGAUUGGACACACUAAAUUGACCCUAGGUGUGAGUGUGGGUGUGCAAAUUGUGUGUAGUGCACCGUCCGAGGAGGGGUGGGCCUUGGGCUAGCAACCUGAGCCCAUAAAAUCAGUGACUGCUACAGAAACAACAAGCACAGAAUGGUGCUUGUUGCCGGAUGUAACACAUGGUGCGCAAAUGGGAAAGAGAGAGAGAUGUUGUAGCUAAGUGAAGGGUGAGAUUUGAAUGUUCCUCUGACAAACUUGACUGCAUUAGGAGCUUGUUCCUUUAUGGUAGCCUCCAGCCCAUUUUCAGUGUGUUGCCAGGAUCAUUAAGAGAAAUACAUCAGUGAAAACUGUAAAACUAGUUUGAAAAAAAGUUACUGAAGGAUGCUUUUGAUUUUAGCUCUCUGCAGCUGCCGGUGGUUGCCACACUAAGUUUGUUGCUGAAUGGUGUCACUCAUUCAGGUUGUUACAAUUUUUGAAAUUUUACUGAUUUCCUUCUAGGAUGUUUUGUUUUUUAUUCAGGGUGCUGAAGAUGCUGUCUGUAGUGCAUCAAAAGUAAAGCACAUCAGAGAGUCUCUGAGGUGUGUGGUAACAGCCUGUAUUUCUUGUGCUAGCUAUUCUUUACGGUCUUUGGAAUCCAGCUUUGAUAGAUUCUUGGAGCUUUCUUAUGUUACAGAAUAGCACAGCUUUGCUGCAUUAACAACAUGACUACCAGUGGAAUUCAUUGCUCCAUACGGAUGUUUUUUUUUUUUUUUUUUUUUUUCCAGAGACCUCAAACAUGACUUUCUGUAGUUCUUGAGUUUUAAGUUGCAUAGUCUUUGCUGUGGUUGCUUUAUGCAUUUCCCCAUUGUCCUGUGCCUGUUUCAAGGGUGAAGAGUGUAAGAAAUGUUUGUGUGUAUACAUUUUCCAGUGCAUUAUCUAAAGUUGUGGUACAGUGCAGCCCUAACACUUCACAUUUGUGUCAUUUAUUGUCACUGGAUUGAGGCAAGAGAAUGCCCACUGAGAUUUGUUUCCAGUUGGCAUUUCUAAUGAUGCCUGCAUGGAGUCGCAGGUAGCAGUGGAAGAACAGCCAUAGUCACUGGGCAGCAGUUUUGCUCCUCUGAACACUUUUUGCCAAGAAAUUGUAUAGCACGACAACUGUGUUCUCCAGUUAGCUAUUUAAAGUACUGAAGCAGAAUUUCAAGAGCCUUAGUUUGAAUUUGAGAUGGUGAUAGUAUCUCAGUGGUAUAAUGCAUGUUCUGAGAAAAAGUUUAUUAUUAUACAAUGUGCAUCAUUAGGUCAUUGCUGCAGGGUUCAUGUAUUAUGUGUUUGAUGCCCUGCUGUAGACAGACAAUGGUCUUUCACCAGAUCUGUACAAUACUAAGUCAUCUCCUGGUUUCCAUUGUUGAUGUCUUUGCACAUAUCUAUUCCAAGGUGCUCUGUCAAAAAGCAACUAACUUGAUAUUCUUGGUUCUUUGUAUUUUUUUAUGUUAUGGCCUGUCAGAGUAAACAGCCACAACAUUUAGGUCUGUUAUUAGUUAAAAAAUACCUUGUUACUCAAUAGUCUGAGUAAAAAAUUACUUUAACAUUUUCUGUUUCAAGCUGUAAGCAUUUUAUUUUCAGAUUAUUUUUUUGGAUAAUUAAAAUCCCCACAAGUAUUGUUGAGAUUUUCAGAUUGCUUUUUCCUGGCAGUAACAACAUGUAGGCAGGGGUAGAGUUGAGAGAGGGUGGAGUGCAGAAUGGUGGGUUAUUAAGGGGACUGUACAAGUUAGGUGAUACAGAGUUACUUGGGGAAGGUGGUAUGAUACUGGCAUAUGAAUUUACCAGUUUUAUAACUGGCGUAUGAAUAGGGGUUCCUUCAAUAGCAGAUAAGCAGAUUGUCUUUGGAAUAAGACGGAGACUGGAGGAAAAGUACAUCUACCACUGUAUGCAGUCAAGUGAUGCCAAAACAGAGACGUUAACUGAUCAUUCCUUUUGGUUAGAGAUUUUCAGCUUUAGAGGGAAAUUGCACUGUUGCCCAAACGAGAGUUUGGCACACGUUUGGAACAGCAAUACUGAAAUACGUGUCCCUGGAACUUUUGUAGAAUCUAUGUAUUCUGAGCCUAUGGGUCAUACCUCUCAAGUGUACCUCAUUACGAGGAACAUUCCUCAUUUGGGGUCUUAAAAAGCACAUGUUCCUAAAACGCUAUACAUUGAAAGGGUCUGUGACACAUUGUUUUAGCAAUUUUUUUAACAGAUAUCCAUGGUAAAUAGAAAUUAUUUGUAUUAAUUCACUAAAAAAAUUAUUUCAUAAGUAAAAAUUUUACAUUUUA